AUGAUGUCGUCGAUAGUCGACAAACAGAAUGGAUCUGGUAUGACGGAGGACAAAGAAUUCAACAGGCACAUCGAUCGCUGUUCGUUUUCGGACGCAACGAUGACAACGUUAUCUGGAAUGUACAAUGAAAUGUCUCCAACAUUCGGUGCUGCCGAUGCACUUCUACGGGAUUAUGAUUGUAAAGCACCUUUCUGGUUUCGUUGGUUGACAAAUCUCAUCGAAUAUGCGUUUACAUUCUUAGUACUUUUUACUCUUAUCGUUCGUUAUAUUUGGAAUUACAUAUUUACUCCAUUCAUGUCACGCUUUCAUGUACCGUUCUUCCGACGACGAACACGAGUAUCAUUUCAAAAUGAUACAGUUCUUAUCACUGGAGCCGGUGGUUGUCUGGGCCGUGCAUUAGCUAUCGAGUUUGCCCGCGAGGCUCGUUGUCUUGCUUUAUUGGAUGUACAAAAGAAACCCUUGGAUGAUCUUAAACAUGUGCUCCAACAGAUCUAUGGCAAAGAUCAUUGUCGCAUUUAUACAUAUCGAUGCGAUCUCAGUGAUUUGAAUCAACUCAAAUAUACAAUCACUGCUAUUCGAGAAGAACUAAGUGACAACAUUUCUGUCGUCGUCAACUGUGCUGCUACUGCUUAUUUCAAAGAUAUUGUUUCCCAUACGGAUGAUGAAUAUCAGUACACAUUCAUUGUUAACACACUCGCACCAAUUCUUAUUACCAAAGAUUUACUCAGUGGCAUGAUAUCGCGUAAUCAUGGACAAAUUGUGAACAUCGUUAGCUGCGGUGCGUUAAGUGGAAAUGCAUUUAGCUCGUCCUAUUCAUCUUCGAACGCUGCUUUACUCAAUUUCACGGAAACACUUAGUCAAGAACUUAUUCUUGCAAAAGCAACCGGUGUUCAAGCCACAGCUGUUUUACCAUUUUAUCUCGACGGUGGAAUUUAUACAUCGUUACGAAAAUAUGGCAAGGAGAAAGUCUUAGGCGCAACACCGCAACGUUUUGACGAAGCAGCACGUGAAAUUAUGUCUGGAUUAAAAUUCGGCCGUAGUCCCAUACUUUUGCCUUCAUUUCAAGUACAAAUCGUUCGUUGCUUACGCGCAAUUCUUCCGGAUAGCGUCUGGAGUCCAUUCCUCUUGCAUGUACUCGGCCGUACACCAACAUUUGUCAAUCAACAUUAG